AUGGAGAGCACGACAUCGACAUACGCUCCAUCCAGCUAUGGAACGCGAUACUCAACCGAAACGGGCACGAGCCAGUCGCACCAGCGACAGCAAGGCCAAGCGGACCACUAUGACUUGUUCCUCCUCCUCCAGGACAUGCUGCGCACCGACGAAAAUGCCAUUCUCGAGUUCCCCAUCGACCACUGGGGCCGCGACGAUGCGUGGAACAUCGGACUGGGAGCAGGCGGGUUCUCGUCCGUGUCGCGUCGAAUCGCCAAGGGUCGCUGGGGAAAGCGGAGCGUGAUGGCGUACAAGCGCAUCCGACCGGUCUUUGACAACGAUGGCAGGAUCGACGACGCCGCGGCGCUGGGGCAGUUUAUUGACGAGUUGAAGGCCCUGUCCGCUCCCGACGUACGGUCCCAUCCCAACAUCAACCGCUUGAGAGGCAUCGCAUUCGAGACCCAGUCGCACCGGUCUGAUGGCACGCUUUUCCCUGUCCUCAUGUCCGAUCCGUCCCCGCUGGGCAAUCUGCUGGAUUUCGUCCAGGAUAUCAUUCGAAUGGUCGAUGGGCCCUAUUGGGAGUGCUGCCUCGACGUCGCCCGCGGAUUGCAGGUCCUGCAUGUAAACAACUUUAUCCACGGCGAUGUCAAAUGUGAAAACGUGCUGGUCUUUCCCACCGCCGCAUUUGAGGGUCGCAAAUUCAUCGCCAAGUUGACCGACUUUGGCUGUUCGAUGGACCUGAGCACGAUGGAGGCCAACACUCAUACCAAACUAAGAGGCGCAACACCUCCGUAUGAUGCUCCCGAGUCCGACCGCUUGAUUCAACGCGAGCUUCUUCCUUCUACAGAUGUGUAUUCGUACGGCCUGUUAGUGUGGAGAGUUGCGAUCGAUGGAGCCGAUCCGUUCACUCACCAGAGAUAUCAGUUUGGAGCAGAGCACGAAGCGACCAGCGCCAAACAAGCCCGGAUCCGCGAGGAUAAACGCAGCGAGACCAUCCUCAGCAUUGCCCUGAGCGCCAUAUAUGAUAUGGGCCUUGGCCUUGAAGCAGACACGGCGGACGGCCUUGGUGAAGUACUUUCAAUUGCUCUUAGCUCUAAUCCCGCGGAGAGGAAUCUCAGCAGGAUCCUGGAUGUAUUUGAGCAACGUAAAGGGACCUUUGAUCGACGCCUGUUCGGCCUGUCAUCCCCCAAUGGGCGCUAUCUCCGCGACUUCAUCAAACACGAUAAUGGGCACAUGAGGGAAAUGGUGCACGAGCGACAUGGCCUUUCCGUGUGGAGCAAGGUUCCUCCCAGGGCACACCACUUCUAUCACAUAACGCACAACUAUGGCAGUAUUGACGCCGGCUUUCGAGGCUUCGGGCUGUCCAGACUAUCGCCGUUUGCCGACUGUGUCCGGGAACUACUACUGGCUGUUGAGCAUAUCUACACCCAUGUCCGCCGCCCUGCCCCCGAAAUCGGGAAACUUCAUCCAAUACCAUCCAUAGAUCUUGGUCCAAAUCUCGAGGGCUCGAUUAAAUCUGUCUUGGACUUCCUCACCGUCGGAGGCCCCGAAGCUAUUGCAAUUGCAGGCACUUGCGGCAAUCGGCGCGUUUUCGAGCAGCUCACUCAACCUCUUGAAACAGGUAUCAACAGGUGGCAACAAGUAAACAACUCUAUGCUUGGGUUGAUCACGUCUAUUUUGCCAUCCAAGCGACCACCUUCCCUCAGGAGAGCGGAGGACAUAAAUGAAGACGCCUUCGGGAGCGUACGCGGUUUGUAUGACCGUCCCGGCGGCGUCGCCGCUACCGACACGAUGGUCAUGAUAAACGAGGACACCUCAAAGCUCCUUCAUACUUAUGAACCGUCUGCCUGUUUAGAUUUUCACCUGCUAUCAACGUGUCGGCUCCCAGCUGCCCUACAAGGACAGCUCUUCAAAGCCGUCUCAUCUCGGGCAAGCCGAAAGGAAGCAAACAUUCAAGUCACCCUGAUGGAGGAGGCUAUAUGCUACAGCACUGGGUUUGGAGUCCCGCAAGAUCACGUCAAAUCACUUUCGAUCAUUAAAGAACAAUGCGACCUUGGAUACAUGCCUGCGCAGGAGGCCCUCCCCCGCAUCCAUGAUGCCCUAGGAUUUCCCGUACCCGAGAAUAUUCUUGCCGCGCCAUGGUAUAAACGGAUAUCCGCUUCUGCCACUUCUCGGCCAAUCGGUGCUGAUGUAUCCGUUGACCAGGUCGACGGCAUCAUAAGUCUCAAUAAGCUUACUAUUAACGAUCCUCGCGACGGGAAUAUUGACCGCAAUGACAUCUCCCCCCCAUAUGGGGCAACCAGUCUGGCGGCCAGAACUGCACUCCAUCGAGCCGUCGGACAAGGGGACAAGACAGCGGUUUUAGAACUAAUAGGACGCGGCGCCUCGAUUGAUCAGGCGACGGGGCCUAUAUACUUUCACAAUGGGCGGGCUGGGCACAUGGAUCCAGUUCAACUUGCUUGUACUUGGCACGAGGCCGAAAUAGUAGAAGUUCUGCUUGAUGCCAACCCGUUCUACCCACUGAAUGCGGACGGCAGCGGAAGAAUCAACCUCCUCUAUUUUGCCAUCCAGUGUCAGAGUACAGCUGCCCGAAUGGCCAGGCAUGGUUUCAACCAGUACUUUGCUUUGAUGGCCACAAUUGACCUACUUCUCCGCCGAGGCUGCACCAACUGCGUCGAUAACGAUGGGCUGACUGUUCUACAACUAGCAGUCGGCAGUGCCGCGCUAGACGUAUUCGAGUAUAUUACUGGCAUUGACAGCUUUAUGGAGAGCGUCAACGAGCUCGUGGCUGGGAAAAGCGCUCUUCAUCUUGCAAUUGCUAGUGGAAGCAGUCACAAAUUUGAGCUGCUAAUCAACAAGGGCGCCAAUGUACUUCAGCCGCCCUCCCGAGGCCAUAUCCUAGACUUUGCCAUCACAAUCGCCGCCGGAAAUGAUUAUUUUGCCAAAAGAAUACUCGAACUCUCUAGAACAUCAACCACCGAGUCCGAUAAGCACCAGGCUCUAAAGGCAGCGCUCCGGGCGAGUCAGUGGGACUUGGCCGACUACGCCCUUGGAAUCGGUGCGAGCGUCAAUGGAUUAUUUGACCAGGGCCGGGCUUUCCCCAACAUGCGAUACACUGUAUUUGGCGCUGUGCUUAACAGUGGCAGCCCUACCGCAAUUCUGCAAGUACUUGAUGCCAUUAUCCCCCUCGCAGAAAAGCAUGGCCAGCGGCUUGAAUUCAUCGUCUCUCCUGAGUUCCAAGUAUCCGCCUUGCAUCUUGCAGCAGCCGAAAUGUUCUUCCACCAAAAGUAUGAAGCCGCUAGAAUAUACUCCACUCUGUUUACUAUCUUCCCCGAAAAGCACCACCUCGAGGCCCGAGAUAUCAAAGGCUGGACACCACUCCACACGGCAAUCUCCUGCCGCAACGUGGUGGCCGUACGCGCGCUCAUAGAUGCUGGCGCAGACGUAAACGCCAUGAGCAGUAUUGAAGGAUCCCCCGCGGGACCAUCAACAAAGGACCUACUUUUCGCGCAGCCCUUUGCCCGCGAACCGAUAUACAAUGUCCACGCUGGUACCCGUAAAGCUGGUGACCGCGCCCUGGAACAGAUAUUCAAGAUAUACCGCGAGGACCCGCGAGCCCGAUGCGCAAAACGUAGUACAACGCUGAGGGCAGAGCAGCGCUUCAAUGCUUCUCCGCGUGAUAGGCGUGUCAUGGAUUUCGUCGAAGUCCUCAGUCUCCUCCCAGACUCCCUCUCCCGGGACGAUGCGGGGAUAAUGAGUAGUUUUCUAGCCUCGGCUGCGGUAGGUGACGGAAAGGAAUGGCUGCACACCUUUAAACUUAGUCUUCGGGAGAUUGCGCGGCGCGUGCAGUGGUCUGGAAUUGAAAGAGUGAGGUUCCUAAAGCAUCAGGGCAUGGAGAAGCUGAAGCAAAUGGGGCUUUGGGAGGAUUAUAAUGAUUAUUAA